AUGGAGAGGAAUACGCCCUCUGGUUCGCUGUUGGUGUUCAAGAGGGCCGUACCCACAUCUUACAGUGAGCAUCUCGCAGAAAAAAUCGACGCGGCUGUGUUACGAGCAGCCAUGGCAGGCCGAUUGGAUGCAGUCAAGUGGCUUACUGAGCGCUGCGCGUUCUGUAAUUUCAGUCAAAUUAUUGAAAUGACUGCCAAGCAAGGGCAGUAG